AUGUUCUGUAUGGCUGUAACAUUAUUAAAAGUUUUAAUACGAUUAAAAAACGGCCAAUAUCAUAGUACUGAAAUUCGCGAUAAAUAUCGUAUUCUUGAUUUAUAUAAACAAAUAGCAAAUGAACUUCAUUUAUCGAUCGAACAAGUCAAACUUUUAACUAUUUAUCGUAGCACAGCUGAUGGUGUUCAGGUAUUAUUAUAUCCAUCGUCUUAUGGUAUGUAUUUUGAUGAAUCUCGUACACUUGAUACAUUCUCAAUUUUACAAAACGAACAAUUAUACAUUGAUAUCGGUGAACUCUUUGAUGAGUCAACACUUUCGAUGUCUCCUUCUUCAACAGCAUCAUCAACAUCAUCCAUCGUUAUCAAUGAAUCAAAUUUAUCCCCAUCAGUGACAAACUUACAACAUUAUCAAGCAAAACCAAAACCACAAAAGCCGGUUUUUGAUCAACAACAACAUAAAACAUCGUCAUCAAUAACAUCACCACCAAAAAGCAUGUCAAAAGCAUUAAAAUCAUCCAUUGGUCAACUAAUACGUUAUUCAGUACCAGCAGAUAAUUCAUGUUUAUUCUCAUCAAUUAAUUUUGUCUUACAUUCUGGAAAAAUGGAUUUAGCAUCAAAUAAAUAUUUACGUAAUAUGGUAGCAACAAAAAUCGAAUCAGACGAGAAGACAUAUUCAGAAGCAAUAUUAGGAAGAAAAAAUAGUGAUUAUUGUAAAUGGAUUCGUAAAGGUAAGAUUUAUUUCAUUAGAAAGAAAUAAUAAGACAAAGACUUUUGUUCAGCCUACAAUUAGGCAUGCAACAGUUUUUUUUCGUGUUUUUCAAAAAUUGGUUUGUAUUUUUGCAACAACGAACUGUGAAAUUUUCUGAAAUCAUCAGUUUUGUAGAGCAAACAUUUCUCUACAAUAUGGCAUAUAGUAGAUAGUUUUUCUUUAAAAUAAAGAAACCAAACAAGUUUAAAACUAUCUACUAUAUGCCAUAUUGUAGAGAAAUGUUUGCUCUACAAAACUGAUGAUUUCAGAAAAUUUCACAGUUCGUUGUUGCAAAAAUACAAAC